AUGGCUCAAAAACUUUCCCAUUUUAUUCUCCAUCCUGCUGAUAAUAAGGGCAGAGUUCUGACUACCAAUUCCACGACUCCCCAAGAGAAUUGGCAAGCGAACGAACCCAUGGAUCCUCGGACGGUUGAAGAAACGGCGCCUUUGCUGGGGGCUGAGGUUAUCACCACCGAUCCCCGCACUAUUGAGGAGCGCGAGUUUGCCAAGGGCGACCCUGAAAAUCCUUUGGAAUGGCCACUGAAAUUCAAAUGGCUUUUCAUUAGCAUCUUGUUCUUUAUGGGUGCCACGGUCACGUUUACCUGUAUUUCUCCAGUCCCCAUCGCGGGGAGGAUAGUCCAGGACCUCUCCAACGGCGAGAAAAACAAGUACGCCAGCGUGCUGCUCGUGACCAUCUGGGAGCUGGGCGAGGCAGCCGGCCCCCUCCUCAUCGCCCCCCUCUCCGAGACCUUUGGUCGGUAUCCCGUCCUCAAUGUCUGCAGCGUCUUCUUCACCGCCGCGGCCGUAUUGGCUGCGACGGCACAGACCACGCCGCAGUUUAUCCUUUCCCGAGUCCUAUCAGGCCUGUUCGUCACGUCAAACGUCCUCGGACCCGCGAUUGUCGGCGACAUCUUCGAGCCCGACAUGCGAGGAUCCGCCAUGAGCUUCGUGAUGCUUGCGCCGAACAUCGGCGGCGCGGUUGGGCCUGCUAUUGGAGGAUAUGUGGCCGAUGCCUUGAGCUGGAGGUGGGUUGUUUGGAUGAGCGUCUUGCUGUGCGCUACGUGCCAAAUUCUGGUCCUGCUCUGUUUCCGGGAAACCUACGGGCCGACCAUUCUUGCACGCAAGGUGCUUCGAUUGAGGAAACUGAGCGGCUCGGCGAGUGCCGAAAGCGCAGCCCAGAACAACUCCAAGUCUCGUGGGGCCGAGGCGGCUUUGGAGUCCAUCAUCCGACCCUUCCUCAUCUUCAAGAGCUCGAUUGUCCUCGUUGCGAUCUCCCUCUUCGGUUCCCUCACAUUUUCUCACUAUUUCAACAUGACCACAACCCUGCCAGAUAUUCUGGAAGAUGUGUACGGCUUAAAGUCAUCACAGACGGGCAUGUCGAUGUUGAGCUUUUCCAUUGGAUCUUUCAUCGGCCUGUUCAUUUGUAACAGGUCCGUGGACAGAAUCUACGUCCAUCUAACCAAAGCAAAUGGCGGGGUUGGGCAGCCCGAGUACCGUCUCCCACUUAUGAUACUGGCUGCAGUCUUGGCCCCGUUUGGCCUGCUCCUCUAUGGGUGGAGUGCUGAGUUCGGCCUGCCUCUAUGGGUCUUUUUGUUCUCAUUUUCUUCCAUGGGGAUGAUACUCCUAAUGGCCUUCCUCCCCUUGUCGGCAUACGUCGUUGACGCCUUUGGGCCGUACGCCGCCUCGGCCAUGACUGGGCUCAUCGUGCUCAGAUGUCUCAUGGGGUCGUUGUUGCCGUUGUCGACGACGCCGCUGGUUGAAAACUAUGGGUUUGGGAGGGCAUUCUCUGUUAUAUCGCUGGUCAGCGCCGCCCUGGCGCCGAUACCCGUCGUCAUCAUGAUAUACGGUCAAAAGCUACGACAGCUCUCCAAGUACACAAGAAACGACGCAGCGGAAUGA